AUAGAGACUUUAAUUGUAAAACACAUAUCUGUGUUUACGUAAUUAUUACUGGAGUUACCUAAGUAAUAUAAUAAUAUAAAGGACAUCAUUUCUAGUUCGUCACGUAAUUUAGAUAGCGUUUGGCAACAAAACUAUAUAAAAACAGAAAUAAGGCAGUUGGAAGGAAGUCAUUUAACUAUACCUCAGUAAAACAUAAUGGCAGCAAAAAUUAUUCUAUUCUUGUCUGGAUGUGCUCUCGUGGCUCAGUUCACAGUUGGCCAGUACAUCGGCCGCGUGAACAAUGGUUGUGGAUGCGGGAGUUUCGACUACCGUGGUCUCGGUUACACCGCUGGCUGUGGUCUCACCGCUGCUAGUUCCCUUGCAGCCUCCCAUGGAGGAGGGUUAUUCGUCGUCACCUCCUCUGCCGCGCCUACUGGUCUCGGCAUAGCUUCCGAGAACAGAUACGAAGGCGCUGUCGAUGUGUGCGGCAACAUUCCAUUCCUGGGCACCGCUGAUGUCGCAGGCGAGUUCCCCACUGCGGGCAUUGGUGAGAUCAACUACAGCUGCGGCGAUGGAGCAGUCGCCAUUACCGCUGAAGGUGGUCUCGGCUACGCUGGAGGACUUGACUACACUGGUGGACUCGGCUACGCUGGUGGACUUGGCUAUGGCUUAGGCUAUGGAGAAUACGUUGGAUUCGGCUGUGGUGGCGGUGACGUCUACUUGUAAAACAUGAUAAUGAUGAUAAUAAAAUAAAACUAUUAGCUCGAAUAAAGUCUGGUAAGC